AUGUUAACCAAAAUAUUUACACCUAAACAAUUUAUGUUGGUUUCAGAAACUAAAUUAUACUAAUAAAGCAAUUAGAUCAAUCAAUUUACUUUCUAACAUCACUUAUCCAAAUAUUCCAAUUAAUAAACAUGUUUAAAUUAUAAUAGUCGAUAUUAAUUUUGGAAGUUUUCUUCAAAUUAAAAUACAUAUUAAGAAAGAUCUACUUCAAAUUCUAAUUAAGAAUUACAAAAAACAUCAAAAGCUGAUACUAAACUAUCAGAAAUGUCAUUUUUCAAUUUUUUUAAUAAAAGCAAAAGCAAUAUUGAAGAAAAAUAGAAACAAAUAAAAAGCAAAAAUUAUUUAGAGCAAAUGAAGAAUUCCUAAUUAAAUUAUUUGCUUUAAGAAUAAGUUUCUAAAUUAAAGGAUGUUGGGAAAGCAUCCUAUAAAUAUUUUUUAAUAGGAAUAUUUGUUUUAGGUUUUGCUUAUUCGAUACCAAAAUCAAUCUCAACCUUUCUUGCCACAAAAAUGGCAAUUUCAACUCAAUUAUCUAUAGAAAACCUAAAGAAAGAGAAUGAAUUGCUAAAAAGCAAAUUGGAACUAGUAAAAAAUAAAAUAGAAGCUGAAAGUACAAAAAUUAAUGAUUUGAAAUAGAAUAAUAUAUAGUGA